GCCGCCCCGAAGCGCAGGGGCGGGCCCCGCGCUCUCCCCGCCCCGUGAGGGGCCGCGUCUCCGCCGCCGCCAUGGAGGAGCAGAAAGGGAAGGGCCCGCGGGCAGCCCCCAGCGAGGCGCCGCCCGCCGCUGCCGCCCGCCCGCCGAGCAGGCAGCGUUGUAGCAUCAGUGAUGAAGAAACUAAUGGGAAAAAUUCAACUGCCAGUUUGAAUGACUUCAGUGACCCCGUUUACAAAGAAAUUGCUGUAACCAAUGGUUACAUCAACAGAAUGUCCAGAGAUGAGCUCAGAAGUAAACUUGAAGAGUUCAAGCUGGAAACCAGGGGAGUGAAAGAUGUGCUGAAAAAGAGACUGAAAAACUAUUAUAAGAAACAGAAGCUGAUGCAGAAGGAAGCCAUUAAUGGAGGCGGCUACUAUGACUACAUCUGCGUUGUUGACUUUGAAGCAACGUGUGAAGAAGGAAACCCACCUGAAUUCAUACAUGAAAUAAUUGAGUUUCCUAUUGUCUUACUAAACACACAUACACUGGAAAUAGAGGAUACUUUUCAGCAAUACGUGAAGCCAGAAAUUAAUCCUAAGCUUUCAAACUUCUGCAUCAGUCUGACAGGAAUCACCCAGGACAUUGUUGAUAAAGCUGAUACAUUUCCUCAAGUUCUGCAGAAUGUCAUAGAAUGGAUGAGACAGCGAGAACUGGGAACAAAGUACAGCUAUUCCAUGUUGACAGAUGGAUCUUGGGAUAUGAGUAAAUUUUUGAACAUCCAGUGCCGUAAUAGCCGUAUCAAAUACCCUUCUUUUGCCAAAAAGUGGAUCAAUAUUCGCAAAUCAUACGGGAAUUUCUAUAAGGUUCCUAGGAACCAGACCAAGCUGACAGCCAUGCUUGAAAACCUGGGCAUGAAUUACGAUGGGAGACCUCACAGUGGACUUGAUGACUCUAAAAACAUUGCAAGGAUAGCUAUAAGGAUGCUGCAGGAUGGCUGUGAACUGCGGGUGAAUGAGAAAAUGCAUGCUGGACAGCUUAUGACAGUCUCCUCCUUAGCCCCCUUAGAGGGAGCCCCUGCUCCACUCAUGCCCCGCUACAGAAACUAGUAGUUGAGGGGUUCUGCCUUGGGAACUGCUCUUAGAUACCCAAUGAAGACUGUUAAGAGCUUAUUUAGCAGCCAUCUCUGCCAGCCUGUCUGCGAUGCAGAAUUUGAAAGCACCUUAACUCAUCGUCUCUGUUGAAAUAAAGAGGAGCGUGGAAGCCUUUUGCUCUCUGAAGCCCAUCUUACAAGACCUUUUUUGUUCUGAUAGUUUUUGUUGUUUUCAGCUUUUCUAGCGGUAAGAUUGAUCUGUUGAAUCCCAGCAAAGUGGUAAGCUUUUAAGAACAUGUAAUUUAAACACAUACAAAGAUCAAAUGAGCCUGUGCACUGCUGUUCCCACCCCAGCCUGUGGGUGAUAUUUAUUCGCUGUGCUGUGCUCUAAUGCUAUCUAGCAUCUGAUUAUUCAUUGCACACAAAUAAGACGCUGCUGGAAGAAUUGAAAUAGUGAGUAGCUGGGCUGGCCUUCCCUGGUAAGGCACUCUACUAAGGAUUCCUGCUGGUAUUUUUGGUUUGGGUUUUUUUUUUUUUUUCAAAGUUCAGGAGAAAUGGGAGCAAAUUCAUUAGUUCUGAAGCAAUAGAGAAGUACUCUGUUUUUUGGUUUUUUCUUUGCUUUUUUCUUCUUUUUUUUUUUUGUAUUUGCUCCCACAACUUAAAAAUGACUGAAGUAAAAGUAAGUUCAAGACAUGCCAGAUCGUCAGAAUUUUGUGCUAUGUGGUUAUUAUGUAAAACAAAACAAGAAGUUUCUAGCUCAUUGUUAAACACAUGCUCACCUACUUUUGGUACCUUCCCGUACCUCUACUACCAUCAAGCUAUGCCUUUGUCUCAAAAAUCUAACAUUGGAAGAUUAAUAUAAUUUUAUUAGUGAAGGCCACAUCUAGUUAUUAACGAACUUCCUCUGCUUUUUUCCUGGGCCCCAUAGAAGAUUAUAUUCCAAAGAGGCUAAAGUGUUAAUUUGCUUUAUCUCCGUGGACUGUUACAAAUAACAUUAAUAUGAUCAGCUUUGCAUUAGAGUGGCUUGUUCUGAAAAGUAGAAUUAUGUAUUUUGGUUGCUUUCAGUAAAAAAAAAACUUAGUUUGGUAUUCCUGUAUUAUAAUUCAUUCAUUCUUUCUGCCACUUACAUUCAGGAAACAAAAUAACCAAUUCAUAAUAAAGCUUUAUAGCUGCUUGGCUUAUCAAGCGCCUCCCAGCUCCCCUUGCUCUUCUGACUCUUAAAUUGGAUCAAUGGAAACGUGAGAAUUUUAUUUUGAAUUCAUGUAAGAGAGAAGCAUUGGUGAAUUCACAGUUGCUUCAUAUGGUAGGAAUAAAGCAGUUUUCUUCCCAGAGUCACAGAUUCGGUCAACCACAGUUGCUUUAGAAUGGUAUUUUUUUUUCUGCAAGUAAAUACUCGUGCUUGUAGGAUUUUGUUGAACUUCAUAGUUUCCUUUUUUUCUGUAGCAAUACCAGAUGUAUUUUCAGAAGAGUAAAAUCCAAGUCUGAUGCGCUUACUUUGAAAAUACUGUCAGCCCGUAUUUCAUACAAAUUUUAAAUGAAAAAUACUUGCUUUUCACUGUAGCAACCGUAGUGCCCUCUUUUCUGAAGAUCCAUGGUAAUUUAAUUUUUGUCUCCAAGUUAACUGUGGUGCAGGUUUCUAUGAUAAAAUGGAGUUUAGCUCAGCAGGUCUCCUCUUGGGAUGCUGGCAAUAUCAUAGACUUUGUCACUAGCCUUUUAUUUACAGGUCUGUAACCACGCUCUCAGUCCAAUGAAAAGCUUUGUUACGGAUUAUACUACAGGUUUCAUAAGCCAAGAGCUGUUGUAGUUCUACAUCAUUUAUUUUGAAGUACAGAGUUGUUUAUUUUUGUUAAAAAACUUUCAAAAUGUAUUUUGAGGUAAGGGUUAAAUAUUAAUAAUUGGUUUCUGUUUACUGAUUGAGUAGGAUUUUUUAUCAGUGAGUUGCAGAAAUCGGUAGAAUCAUUCCAGAUACUAUUUUAUCAAAGUUGAAUUAGUGUCAAAACUGUAAGCUGUAACUGUUUUCACGGAAUGUUUGAUUCUGUGAUUUUGAGAUUAAGUGAAUUUUGUCAAUGUUUGUUGGUUUCCUUGAAAUGUAAAAAAACUUAUUAAAAUAUGUUGGUAUUUAUUAACAUGUUAGGCACUGAAUUCACUCUUUAAAGCAUGAAGUAACCUCAGUAGUCUUGGAGGUCUUGGUCUCGGUUUGUCUGAUGAUUAGUCUUCUCUGGUGGACUAGCAACAUUGCCAUGGCUGGAUGGCUUAAAUCUUGUGAGUGUGACUAGUUCACAACACUCAGUAAGAAAAAAAAUUUCCUGGAUGCUUUCAUACUAAAGGGAAAGAGGCAUUUGAGGAAAAAAAAAUGGUGAAUUUAUUGGCGAUGCGUGUGAUCAGCUAAACAAUGUUUUUUUCAUGUUUAUGUUUAUUCAUCCAGAGAAGCUUGCUGAGUGCAUCUCUGCUGUAAUGAAUAUUUUUAUUUAUUAGAGGAAUCAUCCCAUGCUGGAAAAAUUCAUUGGUAGCUAUGUAAGAAACCAUCUACUUUUUAUGCAGAAAAAAACAGACAAUAUGCAGACAAUAGCCUGCUGAUACAGUAAGAGGCCUUUGUUGUUUUUGGGUUCUUUAUUUCACAUUUCAAGAGCUGUACUUGAGCAAUUCUACUGCAGACAGCCUCUGUAAAACACCCGCAAAUUUUAAACAGAGGAGUUGCAGGCAAAUUUCAACAUGAGCGCUUUCAAGUAGAUUUCUUAAUAUGUGUUUAUAUGAAUGUGAGUGGUAUUCACAGUGUCUUGGGGUUGUUUUAGAGAGGGGAAAAAGGGGUUCUUAGGCAGGUUAAAGAGCAAUAACGUCGCUGUCUCGAUGAGCGACUGCCUCAGCAAAUGUCACUAAGAUGCAUGGGGAAGAAGAGGUCGUAGCAGUUUGUAGCCUCCCAUCAGCCUCCUAGUGAGGUAUGGCUACAGGGGCAAGUCUCAGGAGUCAGUUGUCCGUAGAAACUGUGCCUGUCUUAUAAGGUAAUUUAAUAAUUUAAUUUAACAAGGUAGUUGGGUUUUUCCAUAUUUUGUUGGAAAUUGGCAUUGCAAUGAGGAGGGAGCUGUUCCCGGCAGUGGAAAUAAGAAACACUUCAGUUCACCUUGAGCUGAAGUUGGUUCUUGUGCUGUUGGAGAGUUCUUGGCGCUUCACUGUUGGCCUUCUCUGCUCUUCAGUGACCUUGCAGAAGGUCUUUUUUCACCACAGUUUUCCCUGAAGGACAGCUAAUUUCUCUCACCCUGCAGUUCUCCAGGUUGUUUGUUGAGCCCUGCUUUUCCCUUUUCCUUCCAUUACUGAACUUUUGCCUCCUCUGGAAAGAAGUUUGUGCUAGUUAAGAUCUUUGUGUGCUCUUUUUAAUCUGGGGAAAAAGAACAGGCCCUUUAAAAAGAAAUUGGAAGUCUUACCUGUGAAGGAUAGGUGUCAGAAGACCCAGUUACAAACUGGGGGCUUUUGAAAUGGGCUGAACAUACGGAACAUCAUUCUGUUGCAACGAAGACCAUUUGAGGUCCCUCUCGAGGAGUUCAUAUUUGAUAGCCCCAAGGGUAACAGUCAUAGCUUACCAGAAGGAUUCCCCAUAUGGUGAUGAGUGAAGUAGGAAGGCUGUGAUCAGUCUGUGCUUCUGCUCUACCUUGUAUUAAGCUGUAGCCUAGCUGAACAGCCGCAGUGGGGAGUUCCUUCUGGUUUGGUCUUUGUACAUUCGCAGCCUCCAUCACUGACUGGCUUUUGCCCUCUUUAAAUUGGAGGUCUUUGUAUUGUGGGAGAAAAACCUGAAGUAGCUCCUUGAACUAAAGAGUGUGACUGCUUUGCAUUAAGUGGUCUCCCAUGGAGGAAAGGCUCGUUCAAAUGAAUGACAAGAGCCUUGGACACCUCUCUAUGGCAGAGAAGACCUAUGGAUGUGUUCUGAUUAGGGAUGAGAUUGCAUAGUUCAGGCAGGUGUCUCCUCAGUGGCCACUCAGUUCAGGUGUGCCCUGUGGGUAGUACCAUGCAGUCUUAACUUGGCGUGGUCAUGACUGCCCAUGUUAGCUGUAGAUCCUGAGAUUCUUCUUGCAGAUAUAUAGCGGGGAGGAAAGGGAGUUGCAUGGUUUCCCGGCUAAGUUAUUGCUAAUGAUUUUUUGCUGUUUGAAGUAAAUAGUAGUAAUGAUCUUGCAUUGCUAAAGUACUAGCAGGUGAUUCUGAUCUCCUUUGUUUAUGUUCCCCAUUUCAGUGAUGUUGAUUUUUAAAGUGCACACAUAGCCAAAUGGACCUCUGUGAGCCAGAGAUGUCCCAAUAAGCAGGAAUUGCUUCAUCGUGCUUGUGUUCAGCUUUGGGAUGGUGCGCAGGUCCUGGGCUGCAGGCUGGCCGUGGAGCGUGACACACCUUCCCAGACAUGGAAAGCUACAUGCUCGGCAAAAUGCCAUGCAUCAUAGGCUGAGAUGCUCAGACCUGCUAUUCCAGUGCUGCUGGAGGAAGAAGGAAAGGAAAGAUAAGUACAAGUGACCACACUGCAUGCUUUUUUCUUCAGUUGGUUGGUUGUGUAAGUGUAAAUUCAUGGGAGGUGUUGCUUCUGUGGAAGCAGUGACUGUGGGAGGGGUUUCUCGUUAAUUUUGCAAAUGUUGGCCCAGUUCCCAUGUUUGCAUACUUCUCUCUCCUAAAGUGCAUGUAAGCCAAACAUGCAGGGACCCAAUUAAGCAUGGAUUCUUGUCUUUCACUCUUUUGCAUAGCAAAGAUUUUUUUUAAGGAAAUGUAGCAUUAUUUUAAAUAAAUUAAAAAAGAACCAAAGCUGUCAGACUUCAGCUAGCUUGGUACCAGUCUACUUAAUGACUUUGGGGGCUGAAUAAUCAAAAAGCAUUUGUCUCUUUCAGCAGGCACUGGCUGAUGAAGCAACAUGUUUUAAUGGCGAGAGAGUAAUAUUGCAGCCAUUCUUACUGCUCCUGAGGUCACUGGAUUUCUGCACUCCACUUCUAGUGUCUUUCAGUGUACUCAACUCAUGACAACACUGUUUUGGAUAGCAACUGUUCCUAUGGUUUUCACAAGGGGAGACUGAACUCAGAAACAUCCUAUUUUUAAACAGGAUUUUGAGAUGCAGGGGAGGGGGGGCAGGGAGUGACACAAGGUUUGAUUCCCUAUAUGGAAGAUGGUGGGAUUCUGGCUCCAGCAAGAGCCCAUCAGAUGACUGUACAGGGAAAAUUCCACAUGUGGAAACCUUGCCAACAGGCUUAAAACCUGGUAAUCAUCACCAAAAUGUCCACCAUGUCCUUAAUCUCUUGUGAAUGCCUUUGCUUCAUAGCAUUCCUUUGCGGUCAUGUUCCAGUCCACCAGCAUGGACUGGACUGGGAGCUUGCCACAUACCUCCCACUGCAAUAGCAAACCCAGAAAAGUGGUUCUAGGCCUUAGAGCUUUGUAGGAAUGAUCUUUCCCAGUCAAACUACUCCUCAGUGGCCUUUGGCAGAUGCCCAGACUUCCCUCUUCUCUGUCUCUUUGUCUUGCACUCAGCAUUUGUGCAGAAGGCUGCCUGGAGCUGCACUGGUGCUUUCUGCCUGACCCCUUGAUUUGCUUACUGCUCCUUUCAUCUCGAAGUCCUUUGAGAUCCUCCAGGCUGGCUCUGAGGGCAGCCAGCUGGACACCUCUUUUGGUGGGGCUUUUGCUGUCUGUAGGAGUGUUGGGUCCUCUGCUCGAGGGCCCAGCGCUGCAUCUUUCAUGUCUUCAUAGGCUGAAGUGUCAACCCCGUGAUCUUGCUGAAGGGAUACACCAUUUCUUCCUCACAUCUUCAGAAAUGUCAUUUCUCUUGCCUUUCCAGGCUUCUCCCUUCUCCAGGUCUUGGCACUGAUUGCUGCCUGGCUUGUUUGGAUCAGUCCUCACCGUGGAAGGGCUGUGGAUUGGUGUUGGUUACCUCAAUGCAAGACAGUGGUUUCAAUUAACAGCAUCACAGAUCUGACAUUGCUGGAGACAGGAGACAGGCAAGAUGGCUGCCACAGGCAUCCCAUGUCUGUGAUGGGCUCUGUUUGUCUUAUCUCAGAGGAAGGAAUAGCUGGCACACGUUCUCACAAAAUCACAGACUCAUUUAGGUUGGAAAACAACUUUAAGAUCAUUGAGUCCCGUGCUGUGGAAGUGGUAGGAAAGAGAGUUGUCUUCUCUCCAUCUCCUCCUGGGAAAAAACAAAGAAAUUUGGGAUUCAUGCUUAGGGGAAGGACAGGUAUCCUGUGAGUUCUCAACUCUCUCCGCUGUGAGGGUUAACAGCUGAGGGAUGGAAACUGUUCAUUCCUCAUUCAUCUCCUGCUCCGGCUGGAGAUAAUGUGACUGCUCUCACCAGAGGAAAAGUUUGGAGCCAACAAGCAGUAAUAAUCCUGCCCUGGAUGAGGAGGAGCAGGCUCAGAGCCUGGUAGAGAGCCUUUCAAGACUGCAGAGCCCAAGUCCCACUGGCAUUUUGAGGCUUCCAAGGUUUGAGUUCAACUUUGAAGUCCAGAUUGGAAUGCUCUGCCAAUGCUGUGAGUCAAGGAAGCCCCAAAUUCCAACACAGUACCCACAGAGUAGUUUUUUUCCAUGCUAAUCCUUGUUUUUGGUUACAAUACUCCCUGAAGAGCAAACGUGAGGCUUAAGUCAAACGUCUGUGUUUCAGUGGGGAGAAAGCCACCAUUGUGCUUUAUGCAGGCAAAACUCCCUGCAAACCUUCAGGCCUCUCUCAUGGUAAAUUCAAAUACCUUAUAGGGAGGUGUUUGCUUGUGAUGAGAAAACUACAGAGUUUUCACUCUUUCCUCACCAAACCAGGAUGCAGAGUCAAAGUACAUGUGAAUCAAGGCUGAGGGGAUACUUUGGGCUGGAUUUCUCCUAAGCAACUUCAGGUUAUUUCAUGGGGAGAAUUUUUUGCCCACAUAGCUCCAGCAAAAUCACAGCUGAUUCUGCUGCCAUAUACUUUGGUAACCAUUCAUGGUCAUCUAAGGAAGGCCUUCUUAACCUACCCUACAAGCAACUUUGAGAAAACUUGUCUCUCUUUUGGGAUGUUCCGCAUGACCUUUCUGACUAGAGUUGCAUAUGCUUUAUUAAAUUAAUUUCAGAGCAACAGGAUUUGGCUCAGCUAAGCCACAAGGUUAUCUUGCAGUUUUAUGACAGCUGAUGUGACUGUGAGCUGCUGUCUGGCUUCUGGUCAGGGUGUGACACACAUUUUUCUUCUCCUUUUCUCAGGACAAUCUGUUCAGCAGAGCUGCUUGCUGGGCAAAUGAGAAGCGUGCAUCUUACCUCACCUUGAGGCAUUCUCAUCUGUGGUUGCUGUUUUAUCUUCGGCAGGGGAGUGACCUCUCACUAGUUCCUCACUCUCCUCUACUGUGGAGCACUAUGAUGGAGUAGUAUGGCCAUGGUGAGCCUGGGGAACCCUACUUUCCUUCCUCAGACCUGUGAGGGCAUGUGGUGCAAACAGAAAAUGCUUCCCACUGCCAUUUCCUUCAGUCUGUCUCCUCUCAUUCCCAUUCAGUGGUGCUGAGGUAUCUCCGCUUGCCUUUCUGGCCUUAGGCCUCCUUCUCCAGGUCUUUUUAUUCUCCUCCAGCCUGAAGGCACACCCUCUCACCAACCGACAGAUGUUUUCCUGGUGGUCGUGUAUUGGAAGUGCCAAUAGGGGCUGGGUAGCAGGGCAGGAUUUCUCCACCUUUCCCUAUCAGCCUUUUGCAGCCUUCCCCAGGCAGCCCUUCCUGUCCUCCUGCCCAGCUGUCCCACAGAUCACUGGCCUCUUUCUGUCUCCUCUCCAUAAAGGGGGAGGUGAUCAGCUGUGCCCCGAGGUGUCUGUCCUGUGCAGAGCACCUUGUUUCAGCAGAGUGAACACAUGGAUGGAGUCGGCCCCGAGGCCAUGCCCACUCCUGGUCUAACACCAAGGCUUUGUUCACACGUGUGGCUGGGGUCCUUGCUGGCCUCUGCCCCUUGCCUGGAGACACCUGACAGUAUUGGGGAGCAAGUAGUGCUGGAAGCUGUUCUGGAAGAUGGUUGCCAUGUGAGCAUUUGGGUUUUCCCUGGAGGCUACCCUGUGAAAAGCGAGAGGCUGGCCUCAAGAGCUGUUCCCUGGGACAGCAGUCUCCAGGAGGCUCUGCAGAUUCUCUAGGCAGAUGUGUUUGUUCUUGAAUGCAACUGGCAGAUAUGUCCUGCUGUUGUUUAACUGCACCGUGCUUUUUAGCUGCACACCAAAUACUUCUUCAAGUAGAUCAAACUAGAGCAGCAUCUUCCUCCCAUUCCUGGUCAUACUGAAACCCAGGAAGAAGGAUAUUUUGGCAAAUACUGUUAAAUAAUUUCAUUUCCUAGUAACACAGUGAAAUAAAUAGAUCUGCUUUUGCUGCUGUAAAGCAGGA